CCGAACGAAGAAAAGUGCAGACGGUGCGAAAGGUGUGAUUUGCCCGCCUUGCCGAACGCUUAGGGAGUUUACGGUGGGAAUGGUGCGAACGAUGACAUAUACCGAACGCAAUAAUGAACGCUCGUUACCUAUAAACAUCGAGCCCAAUAAAAUAGAAAAAGUUCCAGAGUCCUAGUCUAUGAUCGUAGCAUGUUAACCUAAAAAAAUUAUUUAAUUGUCAAUGUCCAAUAAUCUGAAAUCAAUAAAACUGUAAAAGAUGGCCCAAGAACCUUCGAGGCGAUUAUGGAUGAUUGCUUUGAAAAGCUUUAUAGAUUCUUUCAAACCAAGACAACUUUCUGGCAAUCUAAGAGGAACAGAUUAUAUGGGUAAUAAAUAUUUUGAAAUUCCUAAAAGUUCCAAUAGACAGAGAACAUCUAGAUGGUUCGAACCGCCACAAAAAGACAAUUUUCUUCAGGAAGUACCAGCCGAAUGGGAAGCCUGGUUGAGGGGGCGAAGACGAGAACCCCCAUCAGAGGAAGAAGUCCUCAAAAACUUAGCCGUAAUGAAUUUAAAAAAGAAAAACGCUGUAAAAGUUGAAGCUAAGGCUGGAAAGAAAACACCUAUGCAGAAAGGAAUUGAAACGUUUCCUACCUAUGAGGAAUAUGAGAGAAUUCCGGGAAAGAAUUCUAAAGACUCUUGAAAUGCAUUAUCCUACAUUAUGAUAAUGAUGGUGUGAUUAGAUUAGACUUGAAUUAUUCAAAUAUACUUAUUUCAAUUUAUAAAGAUACCCAAAAUUGAAGAAUUCUUAUAAUUUGCUAUUAACUUUGUUACCUAGCAGCAAUUUUGACUUUUUCAUUCACCAAAUUUCUGUCAAAAAGUAAAUUAUUGAAGUAUGAAAUGUUGAAUUUCACAAAAUAACAGUACAUUUGAACGAAUUGGAAAUACCUACAUGAGUGCCUAGUGAAAAAAAUAUUGAUGUUUUACUUUAUUUUCAACAUUCUUGGUAGUGCCUUCAUGAUUUAUAUCAUAUGGAUCAACUUGUACCUCUUUUACCUAUGGGCAAGACACAAUAUAAUAUGUAAUUAGUGCCUCUUAAACUUCACAUUGAAUAUUUUACAGCUUCAAUAAAAUGAACCUAGAAUACUUAAUGCAAACUAA